CUUAAAUAGAUGGUUGAGAUGAUAAAACUGUGUUCAGCUUCAUAAACUUGAUAGAGCCGUGCUUCCAUGUUAUGUCUGCAGUAUAAUAUAAUCUGGUUUGGUUUGGUUUGGGUUAUAGAGAGUGAAAAAUGGUGGGCGGUUCUUUGGAUGCAGAGUUUGAUUACCUGUUUAAGGCCGUCCUGGUUGGGGACUCGGCCGUGGGGAAGUCUAACCUCCUCUCCAGAUUCGCCAAGGAUGAGUUCCACUUGGAUUCCAAGCCAACCAUUGGAGUUGAGUUUGCUUACCGGAAUCUUAGGGUGGGUGGGAAGCUCAUCAAGGCUCAGAUAUGGGACACUGCUGGUCAAGAAAGGUUUAGAGCCAUCACAAGCUCAUACUACCGCGGGGCACAGGGGGCUCUACUGGUGUACGACAUAACGCGAAGAACAACAUUUGAAAGUCUAAGAAAAUGGGUAGUUGAGCUGAGGGAGCUCGGGGGAUCAGACAUGGUGAUUGUUUUGGUGGGAAACAAAUGUGAUCUGGGAAGCGCAAGAGAAGUGAAGCAAGAAGAUGGGCACAGCCUCGCACGCCUCGAGGGCUUCUCCUUCUUGGAAACAUCUGCGAAGGAGAAUCUGAAUGUGGAAGAGGCAUUUCUGCAGAUGAUCACAAAGAUUUAUCACAUUGUAGGCCAGAAAGCCUUAGAAGCUAAGGCGAUGAACGUGGGGGUCAGUAGUAGAUCAUUGCAAGGAGGAAAGGAGAUCAUUCACAUUGAUGAAGUCUCUGCCACUAAACACCCUUCUUCUUGUUGCACAUAUUGAAUUUUUAGUCUGAGAAUUUUGCAUUGGCAUCACAUUCUACCCACACACAUAUCCACACAGUCCUUGUUUAUAUACUGCAGUUGUGGUUGAGAAUUUUGCAGCAGAAUGGCUCUCUGAAUUGCACUGGUUUAAUUUAUUACACUGGCGCAAUCAGCGGAGAAUGCAACAAUUCUCUCUCUUUGAAGAGUAUAUAUUUGUGCAAUAGAUUAUUUUUUAUUUUUUUGCUACAAGCUUUUCCCACACUCAAUGUACUUCAUAUUCAAUCGUGUCCAUAUGUGUGGGUGUAUCAGAAACUCUAAUAAUAAUAAAUACAUAACUCUAAUAGUGCAUAAGAAGAUUUUUUUCUUCUCUA